GAAGGGGUGGGAAUCUGAGGAGGAGACUAUCUUUUUAUUAUUAUUUUAAAUUUUUUUAAAAUAUUAUUUUCGCCGUACAAAGAGGACGCUCGGAAUUCACCGGCCUGUCGGCUCCCGAGAGGGACCCGGGAAUUGUGCGGUCGCUUUUCUUCAUCUGCUUUUUUUUUUUUUUUUGGUUUGUUUCGUUGGUUGGUUUGGUUUUUUGUUUGUUUUGACUGGGGGCUUUUUAUUUUUAUUACUCUCCUUAUCGUUCCCCGCUGAGCAGCGGCGGCAGCAGCAGCAAUAUGGCUGGUGAUGGGCUUUUUGGGGGGCGCUGGCGGCGGGAGGAGCUCUCGGAAGCCCCUGCGCGCCCGGCUCGCUGUUAGCUAUGGCAAAUGGCAGCGGCGGCGGCUCCUACCCGGGCGGCAGCGGCAGCGGCAUUAGAAUGAGUAACAAUAUCAACGCCAACAAUCUCAACACAGACUCGUCCUCCUCCCCCGUCAAUGUGCCCAAGAUGGAUGCGCUCAUCAUCCCGGUGACCAUGGAGGUGCCCUGCGAUAGCCGCGGACAGCGCAUGUGGUGGGCUUUCCUCGCCUCAUCCAUGGUUACUUUCUUUGGGGGACUGUUUAUCAUCCUGCUGUGGAGGACCCUCAAGUACCUGUGGACUGUCUGCUGCCACUGCGGGGUCAAAAACAAGGAGGCCCAGAAGAUCAAUGGUGGUGGAGAUACACAGGCAGAUGGAGCCUGCAAACCAACAGAUGAAAAAGAGGAAAAUGUGGCAGCAGAAGUGGGAUGGAUGACGUCUGUGAAGGAUUGGGCAGGAGUCAUGAUAUCUGCCCAGACAUUAACUGGCAGAGUACUUGUUGUCUUAGUCUUCGCUCUUAGUAUUGGUGCUCUUGUAAUAUACUUCAUAGAUUCAUCAAACCCAAUAGAAUCCUGCCAGAAUUUCUACAAAGAUUUCACAUUACAGAUCGACAUGGCUUUCAAUGUGUUCUUCCUACUCUACUUCGGCUUGCGUUUUAUAGCAGCCAAUGACAAGCUAUGGUUUUGGCUAGAAGUUAACUCAGUGGUAGAUUUCUUCACGGUCCCUCCAGUGUUUGUGUCAGUAUAUUUAAACAGAAGUUGGCUUGGUUUAAGAUUUUUAAGAGCCCUUAGACUGAUACAAUUUUCAGAAAUCUUGCAGUUUCUGAAUAUACUUAAAACAAGUAAUUCCAUCAAGCUAGUGAAUCUGUGCUCUAUAUUUAUCAGCACGUGGCUGACAGCAGCUGGGUUCAUACAUUUGGUGGAGAACUCAGGGGAUCCAUGGGAAAAUUUCCAAAAUAACCAACCCCUAACAUACUGGGAAUGUGUUUAUUUGCUGAUGGUUACAAUGUCCACUGUUGGCUAUGGAGAUGUUUAUGCAAAAACAACCCUUGGUCGCCUUUUCAUGGUCUUCUUCAUCCUUGGGGGAUUGGCAAUGUUUGCUCGCUACGUGCCAGAAAUUGCUGCUCUCAUCCUUAAUCGGAAGAAAUACGGCGGAACUUUUAACUCAACCCGAGGCAGAAAGCACAUAGUUGUCUGUGGUCACAUAACACUUGAAAGUGUGUCGAACUUCCUGAAGGACUUCCUGCACAAGGAUAGGGAUGAUGUCAAUGUAGAAAUCGUCUUUCUGCAUAAUAUCUCCCCUAACCUUGAGCUGGAAGCUCUUUUUAAACGACACUUCACUCAGGUGGAAUUUUAUCAGGGUUCAGUCCUUAAUCCCCACGACCUGGCAAGAGUGAAGAUAGAGUCAGCAGAUGCGUGCCUAAUCCUUGCCAAUAAAUACUGCGCUGACCCAGAUGCUGAAGAUGCCUCCAAUAUUAUGAGAGUUAUAUCCAUAAAGAAUUAUCAUCCGAAGAUAAGAAUUAUCACUCAGAUGUUGCAGUACCACAAUAAGGCCCAUCUACUAAAUAUCCCAAGCUGGAACUGGAAAGAAGGGGAUGAUGCAAUCUGUCUUGCUGAGCUGAAGCUGGGUUUCAUAGCCCAGAGCUGCCUGGCACCAGGCCUUUCCACCAUGUUAGCCAACCUCUUCUCCAUGAGGUCAUUCAUAAAGAUUGAGGAGGAUACGUGGCAGAAAUACUACCUGGAAGGAGUUGCAAAUGAAAUGUAUACAGAGUAUCUGUCUAGUGCCUUUGUGGGUUUGUCCUUCCCUGCAGUUUGUGAGCUGGUGUUUGCCAAGCUGAAGCUCCUGAUGAUAGCCAUAGAAUACAAGUCGGAGAAGCGCGAGAGCAGUAUAUUAAUCAAUCCUGGAAACCACGUCAAGAUUCAAGAAGGUACCUUAGGAUUCUUCAUUGCAAGUGAUGCCAAAGAAGUAAAAAGGGCAUAUUUUUACUGCAAGGCCUGUCAUGAUGACAUCACAGAUCCCAAAAGGAUAAAAAAAUGUGGCUGCAAACGGCUAGCCACAAGGAGAGCAAAGCACAUGGAAAGCAUGCCUGAUGUGGAAGGAAUGUAUGCAUUGCCUAACAUAUUGGAAAAAAAUUGUUCAAGAACAGUUUAUCCAUGUGAGAAUGUGACCUUUGAACUGCUGCCAAAGCCAAUGAGUCUGCUGACCAAGAUGUCCAUCUACAAGAGAAUGAGACUGGCAUGUUGUUUUGAUUGCGGACGCUCUGAGCGUGACUGCUCUUGCAUGUCAGGCAGUGUACAUAGUAACAUGGACACCCUUGAGAGAGCCUUCCCACUUUCUUCUGUCUCUGUUAAUGAUUGCUCCACCAGUUUACGUGCCUUUGAAGAUGAGCAGCCGUCGACACUAUCACCCAAAAAAAAGCAGCGAAAUGGAGGCAUGCGAAAUUCACCCAACUCCUCACCCAAACUGAUGAGGCAUGACCCCUUGUUAAUUCCUGGCAACGAGCAGAUUGACAAUAUGGAUGCCAACGUGAAAAAAUACGACUCUACAGGGAUGUUUCAUUGGUGUCCAGCCAAAGACAUCGAAAAGGUCAUUUUGACUCGAAGUGAAGCAGCGAUGACAGUUUUAAGUGGGCAUGUAGUCGUUUGCAUAUUUGGGGAUGUUAAAUCUGCUUUGAUUGGAUUAAGAAAUUUAGUGAUGCCAUUACGAGCCAGCAACUUUCACUACCAUGAACUCAAGCACAUUGUGUUUGUGGGUUCACUUGAAUACCUGAGAAGGGAAUGGGAGACACUGCAUAACUUCCCCAAGGUUUCAAUCUUGCCUGGUACGCCAUUAAGUCGGGCUGAUUUAAGGGCUGUCAACAUCAACCUCUGCGACAUGUGCGUUAUCCUGUCAGCCAAUCAGAAUAAUAUUGAUGAUGCUUCGCUGCAGGACAAGGAAUGCAUCUUGGCGUCACUCAACAUCAAAUCUAUGCAGUUUGAUGACAGCAUUGGGGUCUUGCAGGCUAAUUCCCAAGGCUUUACACCUCCUGGGAUGGAUAGGACAUCUCCAGACAACAGUCCAGUCCAUGGCCUUUUACGUCAACCCUCCAUUACAACAGGAGCCAACAUCCCUAUAAUUACAGAGCUAGUAAAUGAUUCAAAUGUUCAGUUCUUGGACCAAGAUGACGAUGAUGAUCCCGACACAGAACUGUAUCUCACGCAGCCUUUUGCUUGUGGAACCGCAUUUGCUGUCAGCGUGCUGGACUCUCUCAUGAGCGCAACAUACUUCAAUGACAAUAUCCUCACACUGAUACGGACAUUGGUAACAGGAGGAGCCACACCAGAGCUGGAAGCACUGAUUGCUGAGGAAAAUGCAUUGAGAGGAGGUUACAGCACGCCCCAGACACUUGCAAACAGGGACAGGUGUCGAGUUGCUCAGUUGGCUUUGUAUGAUGGGCCAUUUGCAGACCUAGGGGAUGGAGGUUGUUAUGGAGAUCUGUUUUGUAAAGCACUGAAAACAUACAAUAUGCUUUGCUUUGGAAUUUAUCGAUUAAGGGAUGCACAUCUAAGCACUCCCAGCCAAUGCACUAAACGUUACGUUAUCACAAACCCACCAUAUGAAUUCGAGCUUGUGCCGACGGACUUGAUCUUCUGUUUGAUGCAAUUUGACCACAACGCUGGCCAGUCCCGAGCCAGCCUUUCUCAUUCCUCCCAUUCCUCCUACUCUUCCAGCAAGAAGAGCUCAUCAGUUCACUCCAUCCCAUCAACAGCCAACCGACAGAACCGCACCAAGAGCAGAGAUUCUCGGGACAAACAGAAGUAUGUGCAGGAGGAUAGACUUUGAUAUGUGUAUCUGCUCCCACUGUGUGUGAAACUUGCAUUCACCACCCAUUCUCCCCGGUUAAUGUUUCCAGCAGUAAUGUUCCCUGUUUUCCCAUGGAGUUCUCCCUUUUUUGUACACAUAUUUUGCAUAUGUAUGACAGUGUGCAUGUGAUUGUCAUUUUUAUUUCACCACCAUAAAACCCUUAAGCACAACAGCAACAAAGCAGACGGACCAAAAGUUAUUUAUGAUGCUAGGGGAGAAUAAAAAAAGAAUUCCAAACCCAUAGGCACACUGAAAACAUAAAUAACUCACUGCAGUUACUCUACAUAUCCGAAAAUAGAGUAUAUUUAACACGAACACUUGCUCUUGAUGUCAGAGUUACACAAAGAAAGUCAUUUAGUGCAGAAGUGUUGAUGUAUGUUGCAGUAGGUUUUUUUAAUACUCAUAUUUACAGGAGCUCAUACAUUUAUUUGAAGCUUAUAAAACUCUCCUAUUGAAAAAAAAAAGCAACUAAAAUCAUGAAAAAAAAAAUCCCUGCUGAUUUUUUCACUCUCAAAGCUUAUAUUAUAUAGGGCUUACACUCCUUGUAUAGAUUAUUGCUAGACAUCUGCUUUAUACCAAAGCAAUAUCAGGGACUUUUCUGCUUGUUUAAAAACUUUCUCUAAAAUACUAGUCUUUUGGAGACCGUGUAUUUUCCCUUUAACACUGAAAUUGUCGGGGCAUGAAGUUUUACAACUCCAAUGGUUUAAGUUUAGAAAGGCUCUAAUUGCAUAUUAAAUUAUUAUUCUGUCUAUUUAUAUUGCCACAUGAAUCGCUAUAUAUUCUUUCACUUUUGACAUUUGGGAUAAAAAGCCAUAUGUAUCAUAAAUAUUGGAUGUAAGUCAUUAAAAACUGCCUUCUUGGGAUUUUUACGUCUUUAAAAGGUGAAUUAGUCACCUUAUGUACAGAAUAAAUAAUGUUCAGAAAAGAGCAAGCAUUUUUCUAUGCUUACAUAUCAGAUCUCAAGGGACUUUGUUCCUUUCCCCAGAUGGUAGUUUAACUUUUCCAAGUUAGUGUUCAUAUAAAUCUUCCAACAAGAGUCCUAAUAUGUGAAGAACCUCCAGAAAUCUUGCUGCAUGUUCUACCUGUUUUUUUCAACAGGUGCAUGCCAGUAUGCAGGAAUGCAGGGGAGACAACUGAGUGCCUUUAAAUCUCUCCCAUUUGGGGAGAAAAGGUGCUGUGCCCCAGACUGUUAAUGACGAGAACAAGAGGGCUGGGUUGAAAAUAUUCACAGUGCUGAGGUGUCGUGUUCCAUGCACUUGCCAGAAUUUAGUUCUUGCAAAUUGUCACCAAUGACACAUGUAGCCAAAAAAAAGUUGUGGCAGGGAACUAAAUAAAGUAGUGGAAAGGACCCUGCCCUAGACAGCCAUAGAAAUGAUAGUUCAGGCUUGCUUUUACUUUUCUUUUUCCUUGGUUUAAACUUCAGAAGCCAAUGUAUAUUUUGAAAUAUACAGCUAGCUCUAGGUUUAUGGAGGGUUUCCGAGGGUAGGGAGGGCAGAAACACAUACCCUCUUCCCUGGCUAUCCAGCAAGAAAGCAUGCAGACAGAAAAAUAUUUAUAUUUGGAAUGAUUAGCAUUGUAACUACCAACCCAAUCAAGGUGCUUUUAUGGUUAGUUUUGUCUUCUACCUUCCCCUUCCCCAAGCAUGAUAAUUUUGAAGAUUUGCUUGCUGUGUGAAUUGACAAUAAAGCCAAGCACUUUUACUGACAAAACCUGGAACCAUGUAAGUGGGCUACAGAGAAUACCACUGUGCAGUGCUGAGCAUAAUGAUUGGAAUACAGUCUAUAUGUGUGAGUGUGCAUUCAAACGCAGCUGUAAGUCCAAUCAGUGAAAUACAUUGCAAAUUAUGGUUGCUCCCCUACAAAUGAGACUAUUACAGUUGCUCUUCAUCAUGAAGAAAAAUUCACGUGUUCCUUUUUGCAAAGAAAGUUAUCAUGUUUUGCCCUCAGAAUAUUUAUUGCUACAAGGAUGUGCCAGUUAAAGUGCUCAACCAGAAAUAUGACAGUUUAAAAGCAUUGUAAAACUUACAUAGCUUACUUCUUUUUCUAAAGUGCAACAAGGAUGAAUAGAAUGGGCCAAGGUAUGAAAAUUAAUGGUUCUGCAUGACCUAGCAACUGCUGUGGGUUUCCCUCUAUAACUUUGUCCUUGUGAAAACUUGUGAAAUUAAAAAAAAAUAGUUACAAACCUUA